UCUAGUUUCUAAGAAAUGGAAGCCCUGUGCCAUGGAGGAGGCAUUGUCCAAGCCCUAAACACUCAUGUGUACGGAAAUGGCAGCCAGACUUUGGUUCUGGCUCAUGGGUUUGGUUCAGACCAAACAGUUUGGCACUUCCUCAUUCCCUUUCUUGCAUGCUAUUUCAAGGUUGUGGUUUUCGACUUGGUUUUCUCACCAAAUGUUGAUCCAAAACUCUAUGACCCCGAAAGGUACGACUCAAAUUUUGGUGCCUACGCAGAGGACUUGCUGUGCCUUCUUGAUCGUCUUAAUGUCAAUAAGACUGUAUAUCUGGGACACUCCAUGUCUGCUAUGGUUGGAUGCAUCGCUUCUAUUCAAAGACCACACCUGUUUCAGCACCUUAUCCUGCUUGGUGGCUCUCCCAGAUACCUCAACACAACAAGAUACAAUGGAGGCUUUACCAGAGCAGAACUCGAUGCAUUCUUCAACCAACUUGAUCAGAAUUUCUCAAAUUGGGUUCUAAGUUUUGCUCCAAUAGCAAUAGGUGUAAAGGACACAAGUGCCAUAGCCGAGUUCGAAAACAGUUUGGGAAGAAUGGCACCCAAAAUUGCAGUAAGUGUUGCUAGAACUGUGUUUCUAAGCGACCUCAGAAGAAUUUUGCCACAAGUUGUGGUGCCGAGUAGCAUAAUCCAAUCCAGGAAAGAUUUUGUUGUUCCAAAAACCGUUGCGUUUUACAUGAAGAAGAGGCUCGGUGGUCCUGCCAGAGUCAAGAUACUAAAUACAGAAGGCCAUUUUCCCCAGUUGACAGUUUACCCUUUGCUCUUAAAAGUUCUGAAAAGAUUUCUUCACAUCACAUAGACGCAUGGUUGUGUUCUUAACUAAUCAUUGGGAGCAUACUCUACAGAAAAUUUUAAAAAAAUAAAAGUAAAAUUCCUUGCAAGUCACGUUUA